AUGACGGGGCACGAAAAGGAGGUUCAGCCCUUUGUGCUUAAUGGGUUGUCGGGGAGGGAGGCGAGAGAGGCCGGGAGAGCUCGAGGUCUGUUUCUGGUUGCAGACACGAGGCAGGUGCAGCCGUCCCCGCCGUGGUCCUACGACCAGUCCUACCAGUACCUGGGCUCCAUCGCCGCGCCCUCGGUGCACCCGGCCACGCCGAUCUCUCCGGGCAGGGCGGGCGGCAUGUCCUCGCUCACUGCCGAGCUCUCCAGCCGCCUCUCCGGUGCUUCGGACCUGACCGCCUUCAGCGACCCCCGGGUGGGCAUCGACCGCUCCUUCCCGGCGCUGCCGUCCAUCUCGGACCCGCGGAUGCACUACCCGGGGGCCUUCACCUACACACCCACCCCGGUCAGCUCGGGCAUCGGCAUCGGCAUGUCGGCCAUGUCCACGGCCACCAGAUACCACACGUACCUCCCGCCGCCCUACCCCGGCUCCUCGCAGGCGCAGGGCGGCCCCUUCCAGGCCGGCUCCCCUUCCUACCACCUGUACUACGGCACCUCCGCCGGCUCCUACCAGUUCUCCAUGAUCUCCGGCGGCGAGCGCUCCCCGCCGCGCAUCCACCCGCCCUGCACCAACGCCUCCACGGGCUCCACGCUUCUCAACCCCAACCUGCCCAACCAGAGCGACGUGGUGGAGGCCGAGGGCAGCCACAGCAACUCCCCCACCAACAUGGCCAGCACGGCGCGGCUGGAGGAGGCCGUCUGGAGGCCCUACUGA